AUGAGAGGCAUCCAUCUUUUUCUCUGUUUCAAUCUUCUUCUCAUCAUCUCAUUUCUUGGAGAAGCUAACAGCUUAGCAGCUAAACCAACACGACGUGGCACGAUUUAUAACGUGUACAUGGGAAAAACGAGAUCACAAAAUGGUGCUCCAAGGAGUGAUCAUGCCCGUCUUCUGAGCGAGCUUAGUAAAAGGAAGAAAAAUUCAGUUGUUCAUACAUACAACAAAAGUUUCUUGGGAUUUUCGGCGCGUUUGUCAGAUGAAGAGGCAAAAUCUAUAUCGGUUCUUGAUGGGGUCGUGUCGGUUUUUCCAGACCGGCCGUUAAAAUUGCACACUACUCGUUCUUGGAAUUUCUUGAGGAGCCUAAAUAAUGCUUUCCGAAUCACUAAUUCAACUCCUCCCUCGAGCUAUCCUACUAUAUCAAACUGCUCAGCAACGUCUCAUGACACAAUCAUUGGUAUCUUUGAUACAGGAAUUUGGCCGGAGCACCCUAGUUUCAGUGACACGUAUAUGGGUAAAAUCCCUUCACGCUGGAAGGGGACAUGCAUGCCUGGAGAGGAUGAAAACUCCCCUUUGUUCACAUGCAACAAUAAAGUGAUUGGAGCAAGAUAUUAUGAUGAUGAUGAUGAUGAUGAUGAUGAGCAAUCAGGUUCUAUUCUAACAGCUAGGGACAAGACAGGCCACGGUACGCACGUUUCUUCAAUUGCAGCCGGGGUGCCUUUUGCAGGGGCUUCCUACUAUGGCCUAGCUGAAGGGACUGCAACAGGGGGCUCGCCUAGUAGCAGGAUUUCAAUGUAUUGCAUAUGCGACACAAACAUAAUAUGUAUGCCAUCGGCUAUCCUCAAAUCAAUGGAUGAUGCAAUCAGUGAUGGGGUCGACGUGAUGUCGUUAUCAUUGGGUGGAACGUACGAUAAUCUGCUCGAAGAUCCGAUUGCCAUCGGCGCAUUUCAUGCUGUGGAGAAGGGGAUCCUAGUGGUAUGCUCUGUCGGAAAUAAUGGCCCUUCUAGUGGGACACUUCGAAAUUUUGUCCCUUGGGUUUUAAGUGUUGGUUCCACCACUAUCGACCGUGUGUUUGAGGUCUCGGUUGUGUUGGGUGGAAAUAAUAAGGCGAUCAAGGGUGGGGGCAUCAACUUUUCGGGAUUGAACAAAUAUCCCAUUUAUCGUUUGAUAGAAGGACGCUCAGCAUCUAAUAAACCCAACUCAUCUGAUGCAAGCAAUUGUGUACCGGGUUCACUAGACGGCGCCAAGGUUAAGGGGAAAAUCGUUCUGUGUGGAUAUAAGGACAGACAUAGUUUGGUAGAUAAGAUAAACACGUUAAUGAAACAAGGCGCGCUGGGAAUAAUUAUGAUCAACAACAUUUUAAGGCAAAUGACUCAUUACGUCUAUGGAACUGAUCCAUUUGCUGCUGUCACUGAAGAGGAUGGAGCUCAAAUUCGGUCUUAUAUCCACUCAACACGCAAUCCAGUGGCGACAAUCUUGCCUACUGAAGUCAUACUAAAUUACAAGCCGGCUCCUCUUGUUGCACGCACGUCGGGAAGAGGCCCCAUAGACGGCAUCAAAAACCUUGUCAAGCCUGACGUAACAGCUCCGGGAGUAGACAUCCUCGCCGCAUUUCCUCCUAUAAACGACACAUCAGUGCUUGUCCCGGGCAAGGGAACACCCUUAUUUUGCAUAGAUAUGGGUACAUCCAUUUCUUGCCCGCACGUCUCUGGUCUAGCUGCAACGAUAAAGUCUUACAACCCCAAGUGGACCCCUUCUGCUAUCAAAUCAGCUAUAAUGACAACAGCAAUCCAAACAAAUAAUCUAGGUGCUCCGAUUACAACAGAUGAUGGGUCAAGAGCCACACCUUAUGACAUGGGAGCUGGGGAAAUCAACCUUUCUGACUCACUGAGUCCAGGGCUCGUCUACGAAACAAAAACUAUUGAUUACAUCCAUUUCCUUUGCAACAUGGGCUACAAUGAAACCGCCAUCAAAGCUAUCUCAUCCAUUGUUCUUGACAACUUCUGUUGCCCUGAUAACUCGAACCCGGAUUUGAUAUCCGAUAUGAACUAUCCCUCAAUUGUUGUUUCUGGAUUAUAUACGAAUGGAAUGAGGAAGGUAAAACGAACCGUGACUAAUGUCGGGGAAGCACAUUCGACCUACAAGGCCACCGUGGAUACUCCUCCUGGUGUGCAGGUUCAAGUAGUGCCAAGCACGCUUCACUUCACAAAGAAUGUUAAAAAACUAACCUUCCAAGUCAUAUUUAAACAUGUUGGUGCUUACUCUGGACCAUUGUUUGGUUCAAUUGCAUGGUCUAAUACAAAAUACACAGUCCGGAGUCCUUUUGUAGCCAACAUUGAUUAA